UUUUUGAAACCGAUUAUGGAUUUAAGGAGAACUGUUGAUAAUCUGUCAACGGAAUCAACUCCAAAUCUGGACGCAACAGGGAAUAUUUCCCAAGAGGCCUCUCAGGCACCACUUGAAGAAUCCAGAGAAGAAAUUCCGGAAAUUCGUAGUGAACCAAUUAUUACAUCUUCUCCAGAAAUUCCUGCAAAUGUGGAUACUACUCCUGUUCAAGAGCAACCUGUUCGCCCUUCCUCAGGCAGACGACGGCGCAGACACGCGGCCGAUUCAGAUUUAGAAGUUAGGAACUUGAUUGAUGCUCGGGUUCUACAAUUUCUAAAUCAGAAUCGGUCGCACAGUUUAGAAGAACGAACCAUAAGAAGUCUGGCAUCAAGUCUUGCUCGUGUGCCUGAGGAACGGCAAACACGUUGUCUCUCCUCACUGUGCUUAUUAAUUGAUCUAUAUAGACACAGUGAACCAUUUGAAAUUGUGCAUCGAAUGGAGCUUUUACGAGAUCAGCAACUCAAUAUAGAAACGCCUGAACGUGUCCUGACCGUUCACUGGUACGACAUUUUGGACCAAGGUCAGGUGACCCAAGACAUCGGUACAGAUUUCAGCCUUUGCUACUUGGAGCAAAUAUACAACGAAUAA